AUGCGUCUCUCGCGUAUCAACCACUCCGAUCUUUCCGUCAGUGUUGUCCAUGUUGCCCGCCUCACCAUGAGAGCUCUGAGUGCGGAGCGUAGCAUAUCAGCACGGAUAGCCGUCGUCAGUGCACUCCGUAUAGCCGUCGUCGUCUCGCUUUUGAUUUCCUCCAGCGCCACUGGCUCCAUCAGCACGGAGAGCGACGGUGCUGAUAGCAGCAUCAAGCCAUCCUUUACCUCGGAGCUGACAUCGCUUCUGGACCUCGGUUAUCCGGAUGCGCUUUGCGGGUCAUGGCAUACCGAGUACAUCCAAAUUCACGAGCAAAUCAGGACAGCGAAUAGGAACGCAGCAGGCAGGGCCGAUAGCAGCGUGAAUGCGGGCAGCAGCAACGCAUCGUCGUCUGUGCUUCUUCGUUUCAUCACCUACGAAUGGUUCGACAACUGCGGAGGGCUAGGGGACUCCCUGCUAGGCCUCGCGUCCACGUUCGCCGUGGCGCUGAUCAUGCGGCGCGCGUUCAUCAUCCGGCAUCCGUGCAUCCCCUUCGCGUUCGAGCCCAACCUGGUGGACUGGGCGCCGUCCGACGACGUGCCCAUGGAGCCCGCGCGCGAGAUCGCCAUGGACAGAGCCGUGGCGCGCGUGGCGGCGUGGGAGAAGCUGCAGGCGGCGGACGAGGUGCCGAUGAUGGACCUGCGCAACCUGUUCCUCUUCGACCUCGCCUUCUUCUUCCAGCCCUUCCAGGACGCCGUCAACAUGCGCCUCUCGUGGAACCGCGGCGAGCUCACGGAGCUGCUCACGGAGGAGCAAGGGCCGUGGGGCGAGUGGAUGCGCACCACAGGCCUCCGCGUGCCCUACUCCGUGGGUUGCAUCCUGCGCCUGCUGCUCAAGUACGUGCCGUGCCCCUCUUCACUCACCUCUCUCUCGCUCUCUCUCUCUCUCUCUCUCUCUCCUCUCUCUCUCUCUCCCUCUCGCUCUCCUCUCUCUCAUCUCUCUCGCUCUCGCGCUCUAGAGCUCGAUCUCUAUCUCUCUUCUCUCUCUCUCUCUCUCUCUCUCUCUCUCUCUCCUCUCUCUCUCUCUCUCUCUCUCUCUCUCUCUCUCUCUCUCUCUCUCUCUCUCUCUCUCUCUCUCUCUCUCUCUCUCUCUCUCUCUCUCUCUCUCUCUCUCUCUCUCUCUCUCUCUCUCUCUCUCUCUCUCUCUCUCAUCUCCCCUCCCUCUUCCGCUUGA